CUGCACCCUGUCGGUGUGCCUCUGAACCCAAACACUGAGCACAGCUGCUAGCUAAAGAAGCGCAGGGAAAGAAAGGGGACACAGGCCAAGCGGUGGUGAAAUUGUUUUCGUUACGCUUUAUUUUAGGUUGUUUCAUUACGUAACAGUUGGUUUUGGUGUCGCUUUUCUACACGUAUUGACACAACCAAUCCAGGUUUAUUAGGGAAUUUCAUGACUUAACUGACAUAAAGCUAGCUUUCGAGUGCGGGUUGUUAGCUUAGCCUGGCCGCUAUUGGUUGUGUAUCACAGGGCGUGAUUUAAGUAAAACGAAGAGGUUGGUUUGAUGCACGUGCCACCAAAGCCAGAGGCACCAUGAGUGCAGAGCUGGAUGCACUGACUGUGGUCAACCAGCUGAGAGAUCUCGCUGCCGACCCUCUGAAUCGCAGAGCCAUAGUGGAAGAUCAAGGUUGCCUUCCAGGUCUCAUCCUUUUUUUCGACCAUCCAAACCCGCAGGUUGUCUACUCAGCCCUGUUGGCUGUGCGCUACCUGGCAGAAUGUCGAGCCAACAGAGAGAAACUGAAGGGCGAGUUGGGCAUGAUGCUGAGUUUGCAGAAUGUCAUGCAGAAGAGUACAUCCCCCGGGGAGACCAAACUGCUGGCGUCUGAGAUAUACGAGAUCCUGCAGUCAGCUGGUAAAGAAGAGGCAGAGCAGGCCGAAGCAGCUGCUGCCUCCUGCAGAAAAAAAGCCCACUUCUUCCUGGGCUCCAACAACAAGAGGGCCAAAACUGUAGUUUUGCACAUCGACGGACUGGAUGACUCUACUCGAAGGAGCCUGUGUGAGGAGGCUUUGUUGAAGAUUCGAGGGGUCAUAAGUUUUACCUUCCAGAUGGCUGUUAAACGAUGCGUCGUCCGCAUCCGUUCCGACCUUAAGGCUGAGGCAUUGGGGACAGCAAUUAACUCCACCAAAGUAAUGAAGGCUCAGCAGGUGGUGAAAACAGAGGACGGAGGAGAGCUGGUGGUACCAUUCCAGGAGGACUCAUCAGUGCUGGUAGAGGAGAACACAGACAUCCCAGACUACCUACCUGAGGAUGAGAGUCCAUCACUGGAGCACGACAAGGCCGUCACUCGCGUAGGAUCGGUCACAGACGGCCUGGGCUGGCUCAGCACGGCUGCUAACUUCCUGACACGCUCAUUCUACUGGUGACAGCUUCCUGUGCGUCUUCCUCUGCUCCCCCUGUUAGCAGAUACCCUCAGUAUAGUGUUGGACUUCACCCUGCAUCAUUAGUUUUAGGCUCUACUCUAAACAGCGCACAUACUGGACUGCCAAGCAGAACAUGCAAUAAUUUUAACAUGAGCAUAAAUUAGGCUACAAAUCCCUCAGCAAGGCUGUAUGUUCACCACUAUAGACUAACUGCAGACGUAUUUAGAGGACAUAGCCAAAAGACUCCAUAUACUACAAAACCAAAUAGCUUUCUGGAAAUUAGUCAAAUAAUAUUGAGCAACAGGAUUAAUGGGAGGUUCUUUUAACCGUCUUCUCUUUUUGUGCAUGACUUUAUUACUUUAUUUGCAUCUAAUCGGAUAUUGAUUCUUUAGAUACUUUCAUAUUUGAAAGUUUCACCGUUUUUUGCUUUGUUAAUUUGUCUUUUCAGCAUGUUAUGUGCCAUUAUCGCCUGAUGCCUACAUCCACCAGUGAUGUGUCUGCUCUUUUGAGAUUUGUUUAUUCAUACUUUAUUUGAAAUGAUAUUAGAGCUCUGGAAAAUGCUGUUA